AACGACGGCUUUAUUAUGGCUACUGCUGCGGAGGCCGACUUGGCCCGUAUGGGCUACAAAUCGGAGUUGCCCAGAGGUUUGAGCAUGAUGAGUGUCCUAGGACUUACCACAUUCUACAUCACUCUCGCCGAUGGUCAGAGCGUGACAAUCUUGUGGGGAUGGGUUCUAGUGUCUUUGAUAUCUUUGUCAAUCGCAGCUUCGUUGGCUGAAAUCUGUGCUGUCUUUCCCACUGCUGGCGGUGUGUAUUACUGGGCGGCUAUGCUGAGUACCAAAAAAUAUGCUCGAUUGAGUUCUUGGAUCACCGGUUGUCUCUGGAAUGAAGACUUUGUGCCUAACGCAUGGCAAACAGUGCUCAUGUUUUGGUGUGUGAUGCUGAUAUGCAUGCUCAUCAAUAUCUUUGGUGCCAAAUAUCUUGACUUGAUCAACAAGGUUUGCAUCUACUGGACUGGAGCCAGUGUGAUUAUCAUCAUGGUCGUUUUGCUUGCCAUGUCAGACAACUACAGGAGUGGAGAAUUUGUCUUCGCCCAUUAUGAUGCGAGUGGUAGCGGUUGGCCGAGCGGCUGGGCCUUCUUUGUUGGUCUCUUGCAGGCUUCGUACACAUUGACUGGCUACGGCAUGGUUGCUGCAAUGUGCGAAGAAGUCCAAAAUCCUGCCCGCGAGGUGCCCAAGGCAAUCGUUCUCUCUGUUGCUGCAGCGGGUGUUACCGGUAUCAUAUACCUGAUCCCAAUCCUCUUCGUUCUGCCCGACAUCAAGAUGCUUUUGAACGUCGCCAAUGGUCAGCCAAUCGGCCUUCUCUUCAAGACUGUUACAGGCUCAUCGGCGGGUGGUUUCGGACUGCUGUUUCUCCUUCUCGGCAUUCUCUUCUUUGCCGGAACGGGUGCUUUGACAGCCGCAAGUCGUUGCACUUAUGCUUUUGCUCGCGAUGGCGCGAUUCCUGGAUCUCGCAUCUGGUCUCGAGUUGACAAACGCUUCGACAUUCCCUUGUGGGCUUUGGUGCUUUCAACCACUGUCGACUGCUUGUUGGGUCUGAUCUACUUCGGUAGCACUGCAGCGUUCAACUCGUUUACAGGCGUGGCCACGAUCUGCCUCUCCACCUCAUAUGGAUUGCCGAUCUUGGUCAGCGUACUCCGUGGGCGCAAACUAGUCGCGCAUUCCUCCUUCCNNUCACUGGGUCGUUUCGGAAUGGCUAUCAAUGUGCUCACUCUUUGCUGGAUCUCCUUGGCUGUCGUCCUGUUCUCUAUGCCAGUCACGCUGCCGGUCGAUCCAAGCUCUAUGAAUUACGCCGCUUGCGUGUUCGCAGGCUUUGCCCUUAUCAGUGUCGUCUGGUACUUCAUUCGCGGACGAAAAGCAUUCACUGGUCCUCCAGUGCCUGCUGAUGUGGAUGUCAGCAGCGAAGUGAGUGUUUACAAGGGUCAAGCCCUCGAUCCGGAGGACCUGGAANAGAGCACAAGCGCUGUGCACAAGAAGGUGGCUGACGAGCCAACAACAACAAUCGUGAUGUGA